CUCUUUUCAUAUCCAUUGUUGAGCUCUAGCUUGCCUAUUUUCCAUGGCCGUAUCAUCUUCGACCUCUAGCAGACUCCAUGACAUCUACUUUAGUGUUCAACGCGAAGACCCCCGCAAGUACAUUACAGACAUGGUGGAAAAAUCUUUGGCCGCGCGUGGAGUGCCCACCUUCAAAGACAAGAAGGAGCUCCGAGGAAAUCAAAGAGGAACUGAUCUUGGAGAAGAUCUGAAAGAGACUAUUAAGAUGUCAAAAAUCUCGAUAGUUUUGUUCUCUAAAGAAUACCUCUGCUCCAGUUGGUGCCUUGAAGAGCUUGUAAUGAUCUUAGAGUGCAGGGAGAAGUGGGGGAUGAUCGUCUUGCCCAUUUUCUAUGACGUGGAUCCCUCUGAUAUUAGAAAACAAAGGGGUUACGCUGCUAAGGUAGCCGGCAUUCAAAGGGUUGGAGGCUUCUGGCGGAGAAGGUGGGUGGAUGCUCUUACGCAAGCAGCCAAUUUAUGCGGCUGGGAUCAUCGCGUUAGCCCCAGGAUUGAAUCUCUGUUGGUUGGUCAAGUUGUUGAAGAUAUUAUACACAAACGAAUUCCGACGAAUCUGAACAUUUCCAUCUAUCCCCUUAGAUAUGAUACAUGCCAUGAAUACCUAAGUCUCUUCUUGCAAGUAGGGUCUAAAGAUGUCCUCAUAGUAGGGAUAUGUGGACCACGCAGAAUGGGAAAGACAGCAAUUGCAAAAGCUAUUUAUGAUCAAAUCCGUUCUACUUUUGAAGGUAGCAGCUUCCUCACAAGUGUUGGACAAAAGUCAAAGCAGCCCGAUGGCCUAGUUUAUCUACAGAAAAAACUUCUGUCUGAUAUUCUGUUAGAAAGAAAUAUAGCAAUAACAAAUGUUACCAGAGGAAUGGACAUGAUUAAAGAACAAUUAUGCUUUAAACGGGUUUUAGUUGUUCUUGACGAUGUAGAUGAUUUGGACCAACUUUUUUACCUAGUUGGAAAACGUAGUUGGUUUGGAUUGGGAAGUAAAAUCAUCAUAACGACUAGGAAGGUGCAUCUGCUAAAUGUUCUUGGAGUGGAUCAGAUACUUUUGGCUCAAGGGCUUCCUCUACCACAAAAUAUAGAGGACAUUUGGGAGCCAUUCCAGAAAAGUUGUCGCACGGUUGCAGGGCUUAAGGAGUAUAUCCAGACCUUCCAAGAGCAGACAAAUGAGAGAAUGAGGUAUCUUCAAAAUUGUUUACUCAGAGGGCGUCGGAAGAAUGCCUUUCAGGAACAAGUCAUACAUAAUCUGAAGCAAGCUCGGGGUCUGGAUUGUGGUCAACAGGUUACCAUGAUGCUGAGAAAUGAUUGAUUGGCUGCAAUGAUGACAUUGGACACUGGCGGAACCAAGAUUUUUUUACUACAUAUAUAAAAAAUAAAUACAUAAAUAUAUAUACCAACUCUAUAUGGAUCAAGGGAUACGGACUCUAUAUCUAUAAGGAUUCAAACUAUAUCUAUCACGUUAGGAUGAAAAUUAUCUUUUAUUUUUUUAAAUA